AUGUCUGUUUCUAAAACCCCUGAGAACGAUGUCGAUGCUGUCUCGAAUCAACUAGAUCGCAUCGAACUAAACGAGUCUACUGAAGAUAAAAAUAAUAAUCCUCUGGGUAACUCUAAUUUAUCGGACGUAGGAAAAUCUCGCGAGGGCGAAGGCGACGACGACUUUGUUAACUUCAACGCUCUGUGGGAGACCUUGGAACGCGUCUUUCAACAACCCUGCAAAUCCAUUUCGCGAAUUGAUCAAAAGACUAGCAAUCAAAUACCUUACCUCGUCGUCAUGGAGGAUGAUUCAAAAUAUGUUGUACGUAUCUCUUAUCCACAUCCUGAAAACCAAUUUCAUAACUAUUCCGAAAGUUACGCGGUCAAAAGGUUGGAAUGUGAAGCUAACUUGACAAGUUACGUGGCUUCCUGCACAAACAUUCCCGUACCUAAUGUUUACUAUUGGAAUGCUAAAAAGAAUAACGAUGUUGGAUCGGAAUUUGUUAUAAUGGAAUACUUGCGCGGCAUUCCUUUGCGUGACGAAUGGUCGGAUCUUUCAUUUGAAGAAAAACAAGAAGUGUUGUUACAAAUUAUCGAUAUUUUGUUGACUCUCAAAGAACUCGAAUUUCCAAUGAUCGGGAGUUUGUACACCAUUAAGGAUUGCGAGAAAAGCAAAAUGACCAUUGGUGAAUGUGUCUUCCAUGUUUUCAUGCAGUCAGGAAGAGACGAAACUGAAGAUGCACAAUUUGGUCCGUUUCUUAGCACUCGUGAAUUUUUGCAGGCCGCAUUGGGCAAAGAACUCGGGUUUCUUGAAAGUCUAGACGAUGAGUGCCAUCAAUUGUGGAGUCCAAUUCAAAUGCAAUUAAUCGAACUAUUCUUUAAACAUUUCGAGAGCAAAGAUCAUGACCUCACGUUUGUGAUAUGUCCUUCGGAAAUAAGUGCGUCUAAAAUAUUGUUGGACCGUGAUCUCGAUGGCAACAUAAAAAUUUCCGGCUUUCUUGCCUGGGAUUGUACAGGCACCAAACCUCUGGAGUGUCUUUAUAAAUAUCCUCUGUGGAUUAAGAAUAACGUGGAAAAUGCAACUCAUUCGAAGGAAAGGAAGGCGGAAAACAUAAAGCUCCAAGAUUUUUUCGCCCAAGAACUAUUUGAAUGCGAUCCAGAUGCGAAGAAAAUUUGUGGAGACAUAAUGAGAAACCAUUUUAUUACCGCUAUCUUGGAAGAGUACAUGCGCCCUUGGUCAAUUCAUAAACGGAUUCAAUUAAUGUAUGAUAAACUUAAUGAAGGUGAAUCCGAAGAAUCCAAAGAAUGCACCAAGGACCGCAACGAAGACCACACUAUGAAGAACUAUGCAAGUGAGUCUGAAGAAAACGGUAAAAAAAACGUUUAG